ACUAUAAAUACACACCAAGGAAAGUAAGAACUAAAUCAUCAAAAACAAUCAAACACAUUUGAAAAUGGCAUUCAUAUUCAUCCUUGUUCUUCUUUCCAUGUUCAAUUUCGUAAUCUCGCAAAAGGAUGAUUCAAACACUCACAAAACCUACAUUGUUCAACUAAGUUUACCCGGAGAUUCACUAUCGGAAGAUCAAAUCCAAACUUUUUACCACUCAUUCCUUCCGUCGUCGACCACUUCCGUCGUCACAAAAUCUCGCAUGAUUCAUUCUUACCGUCACGUAAUGCAUGGCUUCGCGGCAUCUCUUACGCCGCAAGAGGCAAUGGAAAUGGAGAAACGAAACGAGGUCAUUUCCAUUAGACCUCAAAGGAUCAUUCCUUUACAAACAACCCAUACACCAUCUUUCUUGGGUCUCAAUCCGAAUUUCGGGGCAUGGCCGGGAUCCAACUUUGGUAAAGGAGUUAUCAUCGGAGUGUUGGAUACGGGAAUCACCCCGAAUCACCCCGCGUUUAACGACGACGGGUUAUCCUCGCCUCCGAGGAAAUGGAAAGGAAAAUGUGAACUUAAUGGGACGGUAUGUAACAAGAAGCUCAUUGGAGCUAGGAAUUUCCUUAGCAAAAUGCCGGGGGAACCGAUAGACGAUUUUGGCCACGGGACUCACACGGCGAGCACGGCCGCCGGAAACAUAGUUUUCGGUGCCAAUGUUUUCGGUCAAGCAUCCGGCACGGCAGCUGGAAUAGCUCCCCUGUCACAUUUAGCAAUUUACAGAGUGUGCUGGUGGCAUUGCUCUGAUUCCGAUAUCUUGGCGGGGAUGGACGCCGCCAUCGAGGAUGGUGUCGAUGUGAUGUCGUUAUCUCUCGGCCACGACUACUUGUCACCGUUUUACGAGGAUGCAAUUGCUAUUGGAGCGUAUGCCGCGAUAACGAAAGGAAUUUUUGUUAGUUGUGCUGCGGGGAAUUCAGGUCCGACCAAGUCCACUAUGUCGAAUGAGGCUCCCUGGAUUCUAACUGUUGGAGCUAGCACUAUCGACAGGACGAUAAAAGCCAAGGCAGUGUUGGGAAAUCAACUGGAAUUCGAUGGGGAAUCAAUCUUUCAGCCAAAAAACUUCAAAUCCAUGCAAAUUCCACUUAUAUUCGCCGGCUUCAAACAUAAAAAAUCCUCAUUCUGUGCUCCGGGAACUUUAAACAAGUCCGAUUUUAAAGGUAAGAUAGUGUUAUGCCAAGAGAGAGGUGACGGACCGACGGUUCGCGACGCCGGCGGCGUCGCCAUGAUUCUAGCCAACAGCGAAAACAGUGGAUACACCAUAGAGGCCGAUAUUCACGUGUUGCCAGCAACUGCAGUCAGCUAUGCCGCAGGAGUAAAGAUAAUGGAUUACAUAAACUCAACGCAUAAUCCAACCGCCACUAUUGUUUUCAAAGGAACAGUCAUCGGAGACAAAACCGCCCCGGCAGUUGCCUCGUUUUCGUCUAGAGGACCCAACCGGGCGAGUCCAGGAAUACUUAAACCCGACAUUAUUGGACCUGGAAACAACAUUUUAGCUGCAUGGAAUGUCCCUUUUGACAAGAUGAAUUCUGUCUCGGAUUUAAAAUCAAACUUCAACUUCGAUUCAGGGACAUCCAUGGCCACUCCCCAUCUCUCCGGAAUCGCAGCUCUCAUUAAGAGUGCCCAUCCUGAUUGGUCUCCGGCCGCCAUCAAGUCGGCCAUGAUGACCACAGCCGAUUUGGUCAACCUGGGCGGAACACCAAUCCUAAACGAGAAGCAUUUACCGGCAGACAUAUUCGCUGUAGGAGCUGGCCAUGUUAACCCGUCAAAGGCUAUUGAUCCAGGCUUGAUAUACGACCUCACUGCCGAGGAUUACGUUCCAUACUUAUGCGGCUUGAACUACACCAAUAACAAAAUCGAAGCAAUCACAAAACAGUCUGUGGAUUGCUCCAUUGUCGGCAGCAUCUCAGAGGCAGAACUUAACUAUCCAACAUUCGCCGUCACUCUCUGUGGCUCAUCGAAUAGAUACAAAAGGACAGUGACAAAUGUUGGACCAAGGAAUUCAAAAUACAAAGUGAGGAUUGAAAUAACAGGGGUGAGUAUUGAGGUUGUGCCUAAAACACUUCAUUUCAAAGAAGCCGGACAGAAAUUAACGUACGAAGUGAUAUUCAAGAACAAGAAAUCCACCGACGACGAAGGAGCUACUCCGUCGUUUGUAGAAGGAUCGCUAAUAUGGAAUUCUCUUCACAGUAAGCACGUAGUGAGAAACAGGAUAUCAGUUAAACUAUAA